AUGCAGGAAGCCAUUGAUGCCUACCACGCUGCUAUUAACUACACCCCCUCUCUCCCAGCGCAAACCCAGUUGGUUUCUCCAAAGAUCUUGGAGACUGUGGAAGGUGUGCAAGACAGUGGAGUUCUUAGAGGCUCUGCUUUGGAAAAGGUUAAAGAGAUGAUGAGGAGUGUGAAUGCUGUGCUUGGAUUGAAGAAUGAGCACAUUGAUGCUACUCAGCAAAGGACCAGUUCUUCAAAGGAGCAGUGUGAGAGUGGUCCACUUUCAUCCACACCUUGGGUGAGUCUCUUUAAAGGUGCUCAACUCACUAGUAAAGGUAAUGCACUCUCUUUCAUUCCUCCCACAAUUUCAGAUGGUUGUCCUGUUGCUGGGCUUGAUAGCUUAGACAUUAAGUGUAUGGCUGCUAAGUGGGAUGCAGCUCUUAUUUUGUAUGUUGUAGGAGAGAAACCUUCCAUUGGGGCUGUCAUUAGGUAUAUUGCAAAUGAGUGGAAAAAUCUUAGUAAGCCUUCUGUGUUUCUGCAUGAUGAGGGGUACUUUGUGAUUAAAUUUGCUGCUAAGAAAGAUAGGGAUUCAGUGUUGCUCUCUGGACCCCAUUCCUUCUUUGGUAGACCUAUGAUUACCAAACCUUGGAAUGCUAAUUUUGACUUCCAGGAGGAGAUUCUGAGGGUUAUCCCUGUGUGGGUGAGGCUUCCAAAUCUCCCUUUGAGCUGCUGGGGUACUGACUCCCUUAGCAGGAUUGGAAGUUUGAUAGGAGUGCCACUCUUUGCUGAUGAGUGCACCUCUAAGCAGUUAAGGAUCUCAUUUUCUAGGAUGUUGAUUGAAGUGGACAUCACAAAGGAGUUGCCAAAAACUGUGCAGAUUCAGAAUAGUGAAGGCGUGGCUAUUAGGCAAAAGGUAGAAUAUGAUUGGCUUCCCCCCUUCUGCAAAUCCUGUAAGGUCAUGGGCCAUGAUUGUAGCAUUAAAAAGAGUAAUACCACUAGAUUUCAGCCUGCAGUGUUUGUUAAGCACACUCAAAAGAUCCAGAAAGUUUGGAGGCCUAAAGAACCAAUGGUUAAUGUUGUUCCUGUAAUUGUGGAGGAUGAGACUUGUGCUGAAACUGUGAAGGAGGUGGCUUCUACUGUUGUUGAGAACACUCCUGCUGCUAUUGCUCAACCUAGUGAUGAUGGGUGGAGGGUAGUAUCUAGGAGAAGAAGGGAGACUAGAUCUCAUAUAUCUGCUCUUGGUUUGGCUCAAGUUCAUACUUCUGUGGUGAGUUCUUCUGAGGAUGAUGAUGGAGGUGGGGGGGUAGGUGGGGGUGAAGGUACUGUGGAGUUCCCCCCCAUGAUAAUAUGCUCAUGGAAUGUGAGGGGGCUUAAUGCUCCUUCAAAGGUGGUGGAGGUGAGGAGAUUUUUGCAGAAGAAUAAUGUAGAUGUUGUAGCUUUGGUGGAGACUAGGGUAAGAGACAAUAAUGUCAAGAAAGUUCAGACUAAACUUGGAGGUGAGUGGAAGUGGGAAAUGAACUACUCCUACUCUCCUAAAGGAAGAAUUUGGGUUGGUUGGAGACAUAGUUUGAUUACUUAUCAGGUUGUGAAUAAAACAGAUCAGUUUAUUCAUGGAGUCAUAUGCACUAAGACUGGCUUAACUACCUUUGAAUUUACUGGUGUCUAUGGACUACACACUAUAGAUCAUAGAAAGCCAUUAUGGGUUGAUUUGGUUAACACUGCAAGCAAGCCUUGGCUGCUUAUGGGGGAUUUCAAUUCUGUUUUAUAUUCUGGGGACAGGAUUAAUGGUAAUCAAGUUCAAGAUAGUGAAACAAGGGACUUUGAGGGGUGUAUUGAUGCUGCUGGUUUGGCUGAACUGAAGAGUUGUGGCCACUUCUUCUCCUGGAGUAAUAAAGGGCAAGGUGAUAUGAGAAUCAGUUCUAGAAUUGAUAGAGCUCUAGGGUUUGCUGCUUGGCAUACAGUGUUUGAUGGUGCUGUUGUGGAUUAUCUUAACCCAGGGCUUUCUGAUCAUUCUCCUCUUGUUCUCACUUGUAAUUUAGAGGAUCAUUCUAAAGGGAGGCCUUUUAGGUUCUUCAACUAUAUGGCUGAUCACCCUAGCUUUAAUCAAGUGUUUCAUGAUGGCUGGAAGGUUAAUAUACAUGGCACAGCAAUGCACCAGGUGUGGCAAAAGCUGAAAUGUGUUAAGCAGGGUUUGAAAACAUUACACAAGAAGGAGUUUGCAAGACUUGAGGAAAGAAUUGACACUAUUAGAACUGAUCUAGAUGGCAUCCAACAUCAGCUGGCUGCUACUCCCACUGACACUGAGUUACAGGUGAAUGAAAAGAAGCAGACAGAGUUGCUGAAAAAGUUUCUAGGGAUUUAG